AUCCAUCAACUUCAGCUGACCGGAAAGUUCUCCAACCCCAAAAAACCAAGAUGACCAACCUACUCCAGGCACUCCCACGACCAACACAUCCAACAGUGGAAGACGAUGAACCAGAGCCUGAGCAGGAAACAGCCUCAUCUUCGAACCACGAAGCGCUGAUCAACCCGCCGAUUCAGAUCCCUGCCUAUGGCGCUCGAAAGGGCUGGAAACCCCGACUGCCUGACCACUUCGGCGAUGGCGGUGCCUAUCCCGAGUGUCAUAUCGCCCAGUAUCCAUUGGAAAUGGGACGCAAGAAACAUACCUCGAUUGGAAAUACGCUAGCCUUGACAGUCGACGGAGAAGGGAAGAUAGAUUACACGAAGAUCGCCAAGCAAGGACAUCGGGACGGACGACACGUGCAAGCGCAAUUCAAGGACCUCGUCCCACUUGCCCAUCGAGCCGAUCUGGAUGAAUCUGCACGAGAGAUGGAACGGCCGUCGAAUGAGGAGGUCCAAUCGACAACCGAACGUACUCGUCUGGCACUCGAGAAGCUAACCAACACUCGAAUCAAGGCCGCCCAACCCAAACAUGUACCCGAGACUGGCGGGAACGUCAGCUUCGUCCGAUACACCCCUAAUGGCGAAGAGGGCAAACAGAGAAUCAUCAAGAUGGUCGAGACCGUUGAAGACCCUCUCGAACCUCCUCGCUUCAAACAUAAGAAAAUCCCCCGGGGCCCCCCUAGCCCCCCCGCACCUAUCCUCAGAAGUCCUCCUCGGAAAAUCACUAGUGAAGACCAGAAGGCUUGGAUGAUCCCCCCUUGUAUCUCCAAUUGGAAAAACAAUAAAGGGUAUACGAUUCCCCUUGAUAAGCGUUUGGCCGCCGACGGUAGAGGUCUUCAAGACACACACAUCAACGAUAGGUUUGCCCAGUUAUCGGAAUCCUUAUACGUUGCGGAUCGACUCGCGAGAGAAGAGGUCCGUCAACGCUCGUUGCUAAAACAACGAUUAGCGCAGAAGGAGAAAGAGCAAAAGGAGGAGAAUUUGCGAUUGCUUGCCCAACGAGCACGGGAAGAACGAUCUGGGAUUUCGCGGGUUGUUGCGGGGGUAUCGAAUGGGAACAACAUGUCGGCUGCGUUGGCGGGAUAUGGGAGUGAUACGGAUUCCGCGGGGCGUAGUGGGUCCGAGCGUGGUGGACGUCGAUCGGAGAAGGCGGCGGAGUCAGACGAGGAGGAUGAUGACAGAGGCAGUGAGGAUCUCGAUGAGGAGGCGGCGCGUGCAAGAGACGAGCUUAGGAAGGAGCGCCGCAAGGAGAGAGAACGAGAGAUGCGAAUGAAUAACAUGGGCAACGAGAAACGCGCCCAGCAUUUCGCGCGGACCCAGAACCGGGACAUCGGGGAGAAGAUCGCGCUAGGUCUGGCCAAGCCGACGAUCUCGAAGGAGUCGAUGAUCGAUUCCCGUCUGUUUAAUCAGGAGAAACUCAACGGCUCGUUCGGCGAUGAGGACUCUUAUAACCUCUACGAUCGGCCCCUCUUUUCGGGCUCUUCUGCUGCCGCUGCCAUCUAUAAACGUGGCGGAGCAGCCGCUGAUGAUGAGCCCCCUGCGAACACCGACGAGCGAUAUGGCGGAGGAACCGAAGAAGGGAUUAGCCAUGCUAUGCGGAACGACCGUUUUGGAUUGGGUGUGGCUGGCAAAGGCUUUGAAGGUGCUGAACUUCAAGAGUCGCGUGAUGGACCUGUCCAAUUCGAGCGAGACACGACCUUAAUGGCUUCCGAUCCAUUCGCGAUCGAUGCCUUCUUAGACGAGGCCAAGAAGGGUGUCAAACGAGGCUUAGAGCCUUCUGCAGGAAGCUCGAAAACCCGAGACGAAGACACUCAAGACUCUAAAAAACGUCGCGGAUAAGCCUCUCUUUCUCAUCUCUUACACCUCCAAUCCUUCACACACUCUUGUACAAUUAUCGGUCGGUUAUACAGUGGAGAUAUACACAAACAAAUGAAAGCAGAAAUUGAAGUACAAUGAAUGUCUGUUGAGCUCAUGUUAGUUAGUCUUCCUAUUUCAUUUAAUCUGAUCAAUCUUGAGUCGAUUUCUUUCGUUCCGUUAUGUACUGCUUCUCCACAGUGGGUAGUAAUACCUCAAAUCAAACCACAAAAAAAGGCAUAAAAAAUAAAACAAAAAACAGAGUCUGACCAGUUUAGCUGUAAGUAUGAAUGAUGAGAAGGAAGUCCGUAGGAUUUGUUCACCCUGUGAAUCUUCUUCUAAGGCGAUGAGCCACUUCAUGACCUGAACAUUCAUCAAUCUAUUUAAAUAUUUUAACAUUUGUCAUGAGCUGCUAAGUGUUAUUACUGGACAAUCUUUUGUAGGCUAGUCAAAUCAUCAUUUUCAUUUUCUCAAUAUCCAGAUGAAAACUUGAAACUAGGUUGAG